CAACAUCAAAGUACGUGGCUUAAUUUCUUUCAUUUCUAUGCCUUAUGGCCAGCUCCUUCGAGUAACAUCUACAAAAAAAUAAGAAAAAUUUUCUCCCCGAAACGAAAAACCCUAGUUUUUCCCAACUUUCACUUACGACGAAAAUCAUCGCGGCGAAUUGCAGACACGUAGCCUUGGCAGAGUGAGCAUUUUGCUCUGCUAUUCGUGUCUAUCGUAUUCGCCGGCAAUUGCGCAUUGUGAGACACGGGCAUAGUUCCCUCACUUCGGCGUCAACUUUGGAAGUGUUCGGAUCGGCUCGUAUUUCGACACCUCCGCAGACAAGGCCAAAUUGCUGAGCAUCGCACAAAACUCCAGAAAUAACGGAGGAAAGUAAUCUAAAAAGAGUCGGAUACGAACAGUGCCUGCUGCAAAAUGGAGGAUAGCGAGGACGACGUGGUGGUGGUGAGCUGCGAUACCUCGAUGAAGGAGAAGGUAAAGGCCAAGCUGGUGGAGAUCCGUAAGUUUGUGCCCUUUAUCCGGCGUGUGCGAAUAGACUUCCAGGAUACUUUGUCCAAGGUUCAGGGUCAUCGUCUGGAUGCCCUGGUUAACCUGCUGGAUCGCGAGGACGUAUCGAUGAGCUCUCUUAACAAGAUCGAGGUGAUCAUUGAUAAGCUAAGGACGCGCUUCAAUCCGAGGAUCGAAAUUGACACUGGCGAAAUCAUUGAUAUCACUGAAAACACUGAGUAUGAUUCCACUGCGUCGAGUUCCUCCGGGUCAAGCGCACAACCACCAGCUCAAAGAGCGAAGUCCUCAGAUAAGGGUGGCCUGUUGAACGGCUCAUCUCUGGCUGGCAGGUUAAAUGCUUCACUUAACCCCGCAUCAGAUGCUACCAAGGACCAUCUAUCGACACCAAAGCAACUAGAAUUGGAGCGCAACUCUAAAGUCUCUUGCUCAACUUCAAAAAUAAAGACUUCUUCCAUUUCUGCCAAGAUUUCAGUUUUUCCAGCCACUUCAAUGGAUUUGAACAUCCCAAAAACUACCAGCGCCAAGGCAUCGGAUGAGGGGCAGCGGUCACCUGCAGAACCACGUGCCGCCCUUCAAGCUAUAGUUCAAGAUACGAAAACACCAACCAUUCCAGAACCAACAUCACCAGCGGCGCUUAAGCAUUCCUCCCUUCGUGGCAGUCGUGGAUUUCUGGCUGUCAUGCAGAAGGCCUUAAUUGAAGAGAAGAAGCAGCGAGCUAGCGAACAGAAAACUGAUAAAGAAACUAACGGUGUAACGCAGCUAGAGACAAACUUCUCGCGGCGAUCUUAUACAACAUCGUCACAGUCAACCUGCCGUUCUUCAGAAAUAUCGGUAAGAGCAGAAAACCCAGAUUUUAAGCGACGAAGCACAUCGCUUGUGCAGCAUGCUCCUCUACAGGAGGCCUCCCCAGGGCAAUCCAAAAAAGACUUGCCCAUAUCCUUGUCGGUACAGGGUCUACCAGCUUUGGUCAGUGCCAGCACUGCAAGUCCAGCAAAUACGCUUGAGGAGGCCCGCAAGAAGCUGGCGGCCUUGAAAUAUGGACUAGGAACAACGGUACCAAGCAUGCCUCCACUGGCCUCCAAUAUAAAUGAUCCACGCGGUAGAAAAGGAAUAAACCUGCCUGAAACUAACAACAAUAAAGACAACGACUUGGGUAUAGCGCUGCAAUCCCCGCCGCCUAUGCGGACUCCCUCGCCUAUUCCGCCGCCACCAAGGAUGAAGGCCGGUACGUGGGCCUCAUUUUCAAAUGUUCCCCAGGAAAGCGCAUUUACAGGCCAGCAUGCUGUGCAGCGCAACUCGGUACCUCCGGGAGAUUCUCGAGCCUUUGGGGAUGCUUUGGCACAUGAACCAAGGUCCUUCUAUGGCACUGAUUCCCGAGAACCCCGAGACCCUCGUAUCUGGAAGAGCAAGACUUCCCAACAGCAGCAACAUCAGCAGGCGCCACAGGCACAAAUUCCUCCGUAUUCCAGUGACCCGCGUCGUUCUAUAAGCACUUACAGCGGUUUCGAAGAGUCAGCCAAUAGAGGGCAAACUAAUAGUAAAAAUAAUAAUAAUCAUAAUCAGAAUCAGAAUGUUACCGCCAAUGGAAGUGCAUACAUUGCGAACUGGAGUGGCAAUCCAUAUGGAAACGGUCCAAACCCAAGACCGCCCUUUCCUAGCAAUCAAAACGGGAAUGAAUAUGCUGGUGGUUUUAAUGGUUCGCAUAGUUUCAGGGGCGGAUUUCGCGGCGGUCACAACAAACGGGGCUUUGGACGACACAAUGACGUGCCACGCACAUAUGGGGAACACCGCAAAGCCAAGGCCCGUGCUGAGGCGGAGGCCAAGGCUAAGGCUGAGGCGGAGGCCAAGGCUAAGGCUGCGGCGGAGGCCAAGGCUAAGGCUGCGGCGGAGGUACGCCAAUUAGAAACGGAAGUUUCGCGGGAGAUGGAAGCCCAAGAAAAAAAUAAACAGCAAAAGGAAAAGCCGGAGGAGAGCGAGGCGGAGAAGUCGACGAUCGCAGUGACUCAGGUUCCGGAAUUGGACACCUCCUACCGCAACGUUAAUCUGGGGGUGCUAAACAAGAAGCUAGACUUUCGAAUACCGAAGAAAACCCUCCCACCGGCAACAACAAUAACCUCAACAAGUCCAGUCAAUGGUAAUGGGGAGAAUCCAAGCUGCCCCUCAAAUUCCCCCACAAGCAAAAGCUGUGAUGCCAACCAGGACAAAGAUACUUAUAAGAAUAAAGAUAGGUAUUUAAAUAAGGCUAAGGCUAAAGACAAGGUAGAUAAGGGCAAUGAGGUGUCGGAGAACAAUCUGGAUAAGUCUGAGAAGCUUGAAAAAUCGCAGGAUAAGAAGGCAAAUGACAAGGAGAACAAGUCCGACAAAAAGGAGAAGAAGAGACUGAACAGGGAGCCUGAAAAGAAAUCAAAGGUUGAGAACCCCCUCGAGAUUGUGGACUCGAAUAGCGUGGUCAGUGAGGAAAGCUCGGAAAAUACAGACAAUGUGGAAAAUGAACCGCCUCUUAGCGAGACUAACGCGUCUCCAGUUCCAGAGCUAGCUACCAGCACUCAGGACAGUCAACAGGACCAGUCAGUGAGUGAAGAGUUGGACAUCCUUGCCAAAAACCGUAGAAUGUCCGGAACUAGAAUAAAGACUCCCAUUUCGUCUACUGGAAACCCUGCACUAAAGCGACGGGCAGAUGAUGAUGUUGAGGACAAGUUGGAAAAUCCGACUAAAAAGAACUGCGCAAAGUGGGAGGCAAAGCCUGACAAGGAAAAAUCGGAGGAUGAUACCAUCGACAAGAUUAAAUCCAUGAAAGUAACUAAAUUCGCUGAUGUCGAGAUGAAGGUUACAGAAGAAAGCCAGAGUGCUGAGGAGGAGGAGAUUACUGAGCAGAAAGAGAGUACUGAGGAGGAGGAAGGUACUGAGCAUAAAAAGAGUACUGAAGAGAAGGAUAAGCCGCCAAAAAUCUCCAAGAUAAAAAUUGUCCUUACUCCCAUUGCCCAUACAACACAAGUGGUUCGUCCUAAUGAUGGCUUCAAGAACAAUCAAGAAAAGAUCUUGGACAACAUGGCAACUGAUGAGCACGAUGAUGAGGAGGUCCCCGGGCCCCCAGCUCAAUUCCUACGCCGGAUUAUGCAGCGUCGGAACUCCUUGGCUCCUACGUAUAUGAAGCCGAUGGUGGACAAGGAUAAGAUUGCUUCUUCCAGUUUUACCUACGAGGAUCUGCCGGAGCAGAAGCGCGGAAAUCAGAACGCCCGAAACCUGGCCAUCAUUUUCGAAAAAACUAGUGACAACUGCAGCGUGUCCACUCAAAACAUUAUUAAUGGCAAACGUCGCACUCGUGGAUGUGAGACCUCUUUUAACGAGACCCAAUUGAGCCGAAACAUCUUUGGCAUGGGCCAGAUAAACAGGUCGCGGCCAAAGGCCACCGAGGGUAAAGCUACCAGGGCAAAGAUUUCUGUCCCUGCAAAAGAUUCAACCCGUGCUGAUGAUGAUCCUAUUCCCACUCCAAAUCUUAAGCGGAAAAGGCAAGCUAUUCACAAGGAAACAGAGGAUGAUGUGGAGAUGAAGCCUAAGAAGGCUCGAUUGGAAGCACAGGAGAUAAAUGGGGUCAGUGUUACGCCUGAUGAACAGCAGGUAGAGAACAACGUGGAAGUCACCCAAAAGGAGGUGGAAGCAAUAUCCUCAGAGCCACUUCUCUCUUCUGAGGUUGAACCGACACGAAAGCCUCGCACGAAACCGCGAAAAAACGAGCUGGACAAGCUAAACGACGACAUUGCGCAAAUGUAUUACGGGGAGGAAGUGAUGCGUGCCACCAGUCGCAGGGCUUGUACCCGUCGAUCGCGCACGUCCUCGCACACGCGCACCAGUAGCCAGCAUUCCAGGACGUCCUCUGUAUCGCGAACCGAUAGCAUAUCCACCGUAUCGGAUAUUAGUUCCAUAAUCGUCAGGAACACGGCGCGAAGGGGUAGAGGCAUCAGAUCAUCCGAAAAUGGCAUCAACCGUGCCACGUUUAAUGCAUCCUUGAAUGCAAAAAAACCAAAGUUGUGCCGUGUUAGAAUAAAGCGAUGUGCUGCAUUGAUGGAGAUGAUAAAGGACCAGGAAAAGGAGGAACAGGAGAAGAAGGAGCAGAAGAAUAAAGAACCGAAGAAGAAGAAAGUGGGUGUGCAAAAAAAGCCAUUGAAAAGUAAGCCGAAAAGAGAGAAUAGCGUUAUUCUUAACACAAAUCCCGAAUGGCACUCCAUUUCGAAGGCUGUUAUCAAGUGUGUCGUCUGCUCGAAGUGGGUUCGCAGGAGCCCACUCUCUCAUUAUAUGAUGUGCCAUAAGGAGCACUAUGCCGCCCGAUUGCCACCCGAUGUGCUUAAAGAGCUGCGGGCCGGGCGCGGAAAUCGACCGGAUUACUGGGUUUCGCAACGCGGCGGCUACACAUUGCACUUCACUUGCCCGUUCUGCCAGAAGCCACUGCUACUCUGCCAAAAAGGCAUGAUCGAGCACUUGAUCGGCCAUAUGGGCGAGUCUCGUUUUUACUGCUCCAACUGUAAUAUGCCACAGAACCGCCUCAGUAGGCUGCUGGACCACACCGCAUCCUGUGGGCCAGGUGCGAAGCCUUUAAGUAGCAAAACCGUCUGCCUACCGAUGAGUGUUCACGUGUGCCACAUCUGCCAGUUUAUGCAGUACAGCAAGGAAAAUAUGGACCGGCAUCUUACUGUUCAGCAUGGCCUAACGAAGGAGGAACUAGAAAGUGUGGAGCGCGAGGAGUUGAUGCUCUGCGACACAACAGACGUACCAUAUGCAGAUUCGAAUAAGGAUGGCAGCGCCGUUGGGCCUGAAAUUCAAAAAAACAAACCGAAGUCGAAAGCAAGUGCAGCACUUUCAAAUACAACCAAAAAAAAUAAACAGCAAAAGAAGACAAACAACAGUCGCUUCAUGAAAAUGGUCAAAAAAUCCGUAAGUCUAUUGAAGCGAGAAAGAGAAGAGCAGGAUGACCAGAACAUGACCCAGGCUAACGAAGGGUCGGAAGUGCCGGAAAUACCGCCGCCUCCGCCAGAAAUUGAGCCCUUGUUUGUGGUCAAUGAGUGUCUAAUGACCUCUGAAAUGGACACGGACAUGGAAGAAGUCUUGGAACAGCCCGUUCAACAUAUGAGCUUAAUGGUAGACGAAAAGCCUGUGACGCUACUCAGUGGGGCCACAGAACAGCUGGAGCCUAGUGUCCCUGAUCCCGAGCCUGUUGUUCCAUCUGCACAAGAUGAUGGCAAAGAUGUAAAUGAAGAUGAAGACGUAGACGUGGAGGCAGUAGUGGAUUCCCUUCAGUCACACACUGACCAGACGGCUACUUCUAUGUUAGCAGAAGUCAGUCUAGCCGAAUUGGCUGGGGAUGUACUUGAUGGUAUUGGCAGCGACGCGUCCGACUAUGAGAUGGAUGAUAAUUCAGAGCAAGUGGAUACAACUAACAAAAACGGCUACGGUGAUGAUGACGAUGAUGCGCUUACCGACGAUUGGGUGGAUCUGGAGACUGCCAAGCGCAAUUCCAAGUCCGCCAAGAGCAUUUUUAGAGUGUUCAAUCGCUUCUGCUCGCGUUUAAACAAAUUACCCCGAUCCAGCAGAGCAGUGCCCUCGAAUGGGAGUGAAAACAGCGAUGGCAGCGACAACAACGACGACGACGGCGAUAAUCCUGAUCCCAGCGAGCUAAUGCCAACAAUGCAACCAUUGGAGCCGGAGCCAGAGAUGGGGGAUUCAUCCACAUCUACAGGUGCUAAGUCGCUAUCCGAACGGGUGGAGAAUGUGGGCUUUCAAAAGCCCUCUUCAGACGAGGAUCAAAAUCGCGUGGCAGCAUCCUAUUACUGCGUGCAGCCGGGUUGCACUUUCCUCUUUUCCAAUGAGCUGGAAGGCCUCGAGAAUCAUUUUGCGUUAGAGCACCCUCUUGUUCGAUGGAGCGGCAAAUGUGGCAUGUGCCGUCAGAAAAUCACGGCAACGGAAACGAAUCUCAGAAUUUCUGAAGAGUUGCGCCACAUGAGGGACGUGCACAUGAAGGACAUAUCCACCCUGCCUCCUCCUCAGUCAUCUGCGGUUGAAAGCCCAGCCGUUAUUGAAUCCUGCCUGAAUCAGCGUGAACCAGUACCUGAAUCAGAACCUGAUCCCGUUCCUGAGCUUCCCAAGCUGCGUGUUCGACGCUUCACUGGGGAUCGCCUUGUUGUGGAUUCACAAGCGGAAAAGAGCCAACCGGUAGCAAUAGUUGUCAGUGAUGAUGAUAAUCCGCGAAAUGGGAUGCUAAGGGACUUGCUGGCGGCGGAUCCACGGCCACCCAAUCAGCAGUUGGACCUCCAAGCCGCUGGACUGGGCGAGUUCCUUUGCGCCAAGCCCGAUUCACCGUCAACAGAACCGGUCAAGCAGACGCCCGUAAUUGUUGGCUAUUCGAGUGGCUUGGGCUUGAAAAUCGGCCAGGUCCUUAGCAGAACUCAGAUUUCAGCUAACUCACGGCUAUCGCCAGUCGUUAACGAUCCCCUGCCAGAGAAGUCUUCUGCUCCUGCUGCCGUUGAAGAGAAUCGUAAUCGAUUCAGGUGCAUGGCCACCAACUGCAAUUUUGUUGCUCACAAGCUCAUGUUCAUGCGGGAGCACAUGAAGUUUCACAGCUACAGUUUCAGCAGCACCGGUCACCUGAACUGCGCGUACUGCUCCCAUGUGGCAGUCGAUGUGGAUGAUUACUUGCGCCACGGAGUGAUCAUUCACGACCUGGCACCACGCUCCGAACUGGAGAGUUCAACUGGACCACCAUCUGUUACCCAGAAAAUCCGGGAUAUGCUCAGCCAGCGGGAAAAUGGUCGUGUUCCACCACCAACUCCUCAAGUCACUCUGUCUGAUGUGGUCCUGGGUCUUUUAGAAUGCACCGGAUACAGCGAGGAUAAACUGUACGCCUGUCCCCAAAAGGGCUGCAUCGUGCGGCUGACAGAUGAGCAGCUUGUAAACCAUUUGCGCUACCACAUUCGUAGCACUCAUCAGGGCAGCGAGUUGGUGAAAUGCAAGUUUUGCACCAAGGCGAUGCAUCCGCCGGCACUUCGUACGCAUCUGCAGCAGUACCACGCCCGGCACAGCAUCUUCUGCGGCAUUUGCUUAGCCACAUCGGUCAACCAGCGCAUAAUGAUGUAUCACAUGAGCACGGUGCACUCCAAGGCCUACGGCCGGCCUAACGCGCGGCUGGCGUUUGUGUCACUGCCCGUGAAGAUCGACGCGAGUAAGAAGAACGUAGAAAGCGAGUUCUACGUGGCCGUCGUGGAACAGCCCUUUGGCAACCUCCAGAUGCAGGAUUUCCAGCGCAAGCUGUUCGAUGAAAUGGACCGUCGGCGUUCGGGAACAAAGACGUACUUCCGCAGCUCCGAGGUGCAUAUCCUGCCAACGCAGCCAACAUUCCAGCGACCGCUAUACUGUACGGAGUGCCCCUUCUCCACCACGUCAAGGGUUAACAUGCAGAUGCACCUCUAUGAGCACAAGGAUGAGACCAUUCGGGAAGCCUCCAAAUUGGCGGACUUGAUAGUUCCAGCAACCUCUUCGGUAUUAACUGUUUCGGCGAGUACGUUGGUGGCACCGCCGAGGCCAGGCAAAGAUUCAGAAAAACCAUCUACUUCCGGACAAAGUGGUGAUGCAGCGACGGAGCAGCUGAAUCCAGAUGUUCCUGGAACCCACAAGCCCAUCAAGCCACCGUUACGCUAUGUGCCCCCGGACCAACGCUACCGCUGUGGCUUCCUCCGAUGUAGCGUCCUUUGUUUUUCGGAAUCUGCGGUGCGCAAACACAUGCAGGCUAACCACAAAUACUCGGAGGUGGUAAGGUGCCCGCACUGCAAGAACUGCCAGGGUCAGUUUGGAGUAGAUAAGUACUUUGACCAUCUUGCAAUGCAUAAGCGGCACAUCUUCCAAUGCGGCGCUUGCUCACGUCACAAUAGCAGGCGUGUCAUCGAGCGGCACAUACAGGAACGUCACAAUAUUCAAGAUGUGGACAUGAUCGUACACCGCCAUAAUGACAGCAACAAAACGACCGAAGCCCGCUGGCUGAAGGCGCCUAAAUUGGCACGUCAUUCGCUAAUGGAGUACACGUGUAACCUGUGCCUCAAGUACUUUCCAACGACCGUGCAGAUCAUGGCCCAUGCGGCGUCCGUUCACAAACGCAACUACCAGUACCACUGUCCGUACUGUGAAUUUGGUGGAAACCUCGCCACCGCGCUCAUUGAACACAUCCUUCGCGAGCACCCGGAAAGGGAAGUGCAGCCUGUGCAAAUCUACCAGCGCAUCGUGUGUAAGAACAAGCAGACGCUAGGCUUCUACUGCACCACCUGUCACGAGGUGGCCAGCAGCUUCCAGAAGAUCGCUAUGCACUGCGACAAGGAGCAUAAGUCGCGCAAUCCGGUGCAAUGUCCCCACUGCAUUUUCGGGCAUUUGGCCGAACGCCAGGUUGUCUUACACAUACAAGAGAAGCAUCCCCAUGAACGCGGACUGGCAAUGGUGCAGUUCGAACGCGUGCUUAAUGACAUCCCGAACAGCAUAAGCUGGGAGAUAGGUCGGCCCAUCGAAGUGGAGCCUGAGAAGGAGAUCCCGAACAAUGGGGAGAGUGCAUUCCUGCCGCUAAGCCAGAGACAGGUUGUAACGGAAGUGGUGGACCUGCUGGAUUCAGACGACGAGGCGGACGAGUACGGUGAACAAGAUGACGCGAAAAUCGUGGAGUUCGCCUGCACACACUGCGACGGGACAAACACCAACUUGCCGGACCUACGCUCCCAGCACUGGGCCCGCGAACAUCCCGACCAGCCCUUCUAUUUCCGCGUUCAGCCGAUGCUGCUCUGCUCCGAGUGCAAGAGAUUUAGGGGCAAUGCAAAGGCACUUCGCGAGCACCUGCGUGCGACACACUCUAUCCGGAGCAUAGUGGCUGCGGACAUUCGUCGACCGAUGGAGUGCGCUUACUGCGACUACCGCUAUAAAAACAGGCACGAUCUUGCGAAACACAUCAGUGAGAUAGGUCACCUGCCCAAUGACCUGAAGCACGUAACAGAUGAUGAAAUUGAUGCCCUGAUGCUGCUCAGUGCCAGUGGAAGUGGUGGGGCUGUUAACGAAUACUACCAGUGCGGAUUGUGCAGUGUGGUUAUGCCAACGAAGGAGACAAUUGUCCAGCACGGCCAAGUGGAACACUGCAAGCCCGACGAGCGUUUCUGCUUCCGGCAGCUAGUGUCGCCAGUGAUAUACCAUUGUUCCUUCUGCAUGUUCAACUCGACCGAUGAGCUGACUACGCUGCGCCAUAUGGUGGACCACUACAGCCGCUUCCUGGUCUGCCAUUUCUGCACACGCUCUCAGCCGGGUGGUUUCGAUGAGUACAUCCAGCACUGCUAUACCUACCACCGGGACGAUAUCAAAUCCUUCCGGGACGUGCACACGUUUAGCGAUCUGAAGAGGUACCUUAGUCAGGUGCAUUACCAAUUCCAGAAUGGGUUGAUUAUCACAAAAAGCAGUCUCCGUUAUACACGUUACAAAUCCGACAAAUGUAUGCUUGAGCUAGACGCUGAGCUAAUGGCCAAGGCCCAGCGGCCACCCAUUCCGCGUCUGCAUAUCAGACUCAAGUCGACCGGCGUUCAGAUGCAGAGCCCCGAGGGGGCUGAUGUGGAGAAACCUGUGUCGUUGUUGCGGAUCACAAAGCGACGAAAAACGCUUAAUCCUGGCGAAUUGCUCCGCUCAUUCCGCGAGGAGAAUGAGGUACAGCCACAGCCACCGGCCUCUUCAACAUCGUCGGGGACGGCUCCUUCUCCUGCGGCAGGUUCUGUGUUCAACCUGUUCAAGCGCCGCAACAGUCUCGUUGUCCGCCCAGCAACCAGCAACUUGGAUCAACACUAACACCACAACAUUAUUAUAAUUUUUUUUUUUUUUUAUUUCUUCUGGACCCCAUUUAUGCAUAUUUCGUACUAGUUUCAAACUAUUUAAGCAUUUUUUUUUUAAACAUAAUUAUGAGAUCAUGUUUACUACAUUUGUAAGAUCAAUAAUGAUAAGAUAGGACUCUAACUGACAACGGCUUCAAAUAAUUAAACUAUUGUUUUAACUGAAUCAAUUCAUGUAUUCUGGUAUAACAUGGCAAGGAAUAAAGAUGGACAUGAACUAACUCUGAUGCCAACGCCGUCUGAAAGCUCAAGGAAGCUGGGUUCGGAAAAAUCGAAAUUGAAAUUUGACUGCUGGAAUCGUUUAGAACUUUGAUACGAAAAGCAUUUUGGACAAUUAGAACACGCAUGAUAAGUAAGAAUCGAUUUUGUUUAAU